AUGAAAUCUCACGUGCAUCAGUUACUGUGCUCUGCACUACUGCUGUUCCUCCUCUGCUGUGCCUACGGGUGCGCUGCUGCUGCUGUUGUGAAGCCGCUGCCGGAGAAAGGACAGGGGGCCUGGGACGCGCACACCGUCGCUGUGGAGGAUACGAAGAGUGAGGAUGCCUGGAAAUCCAUUCGCAUUGGUGUGUAUCCAGGAGGUGUGUCCUUAUGGAUUAAAGCCUGUGCCAACAUGCGUGUAUCGCCUUUUGGUCCUGCCAUAUACCCGUACUGCAUGGGAGAAUCCCGAAUAACACCAGAAAAGGUGCAAUUACUUCGUCGCGUUGUUUCUGCAGCGGCCAAAUUACACAGUGAACGUCUCCGCGUAAAACGUGUAAAGGGAAGGUUGUUUUUGAAUAAAAACGGUGGAAAAGACUUUAAAAAGAACUGUCCAUAUGCCGUGGCUCAUCCUGUCCUUUUCCAAAAGGGUUUCCCCUUUGUUGAUUUCGCUCUGUUUGUGAGUCCUACGAUGUCGCAUGAAGAUCCCAAGAUUUGCACUAGAGGUGACGAUGGUCGUCCGACAUCUGCCUUGAUAAAGCUGAAUCCGAAUGCUAUUAAAAACACGAGGUUCCACAUCCGUUCGGCUGCACAUGAUAUUGGUCAUGGACUGGGUUUUCUCUUGUUUAUGUUCAAAAGCUAUGGCUGGGUGAAGGAGAGUGAGACCUAUACUGGAAGACCUGUUGUUGUCGUUCAGACGAAUAAGCUGGGGGAAAAGGUGCAAGAGCAUUAUGGCUGUCGAACUAUUAAUACCUUGCAGUUGGAGUCCUACAUGAGUCGAACCGCACUUGACUACACGACAUACCCACACUGGAAGCGACACUACGCAAAGGAUGAAUUGAUGGGUACAUACCUUGACAGGCCCUCCGGCAUGUACUACACUAACCUGACACUUGCUGUUUUUGAUUCUAUGCCGUUCUACGAGGCUGAUUUCAGCAGAGCAGAAACGAUGUCAUGGGGCCGGAAUGCCGGUUGUGGAUUCCUUCACGGGAAGUGCAUCGAAGACGAUUAUCCCAAAUUUCCCGAUAUGUUCUGCAGUAAGAUCAGUGAUGACCUCCAUUGCACCACUGACCGCACAGCUCUUGGGAAAUGCUCGUUGGAAGACCUGUACUGGGAUAUUAUUCCCAGGGAGUUCCGACACUUUACCAACGGUGACCUUGGUUCACCAAAAGAAGAUGUUAUGGACUAUUGUCCUGUCAUUGAACCCACUUUUAAAACAUCCUGUGAGCUCGGUGAUGAAAAUGAAAUGCCUGGCAGUAUUUUGAGCAGUACGUCACGGUGCCUAGAUGUAAAUUUUGUGCGACUGCGUAACGAAGACGUUAAUGAUAAGGUCAAAGGGAUUUGUGCAGAGGUAAAGUGUGAGAACGGCACUUUGAAGGUGCAGUAUAAGGGCAACAAGAACUGGUAUGAGUGCCGCGAUGGGGGUUACAUUGACUAUUUACAGGGUUCAGUGUUUGAUGAUGGAAGGAUCUUGUGUCCCAAGUACACAGAUGUCUGCACAAAGUAA